CCGAGAUGAAACCAAGAAAAUACGAGUGCUGUACUAUUGCCCUCUUCUUGGUUGAGCAGAAUCAAGUCUAUAUAAACUGCUUACUACUACUCUCUUCUUCUACACAACAUACUUUCGCUUUACACAACACGCUACACAACACACUUUCGCUUUACACAACUCAAGUUCUUGCUAUCUUCAUUAUGCAGCUUACUGUUCUCCUCAAUGCCCUUCUCGCAGGCCUUAUGGUCAGUAGCGCUGCCGCCCAAGUUCCAGAGUGUGUCUCGAGCAACGACUGCUGCUUUUCCACCCGAGGAGCCUGUGAGCGCCAAUCUUCUGGUUGGAUCGAGCAACUUGGCGCAUGCCCCCGAGUUACACUUUGCCCUGCCCUUGGUGUCCCCCUAAGCUCCUGCAGAGCGGAUUGCUGCAGUCUUAGGACGAAGGGAGGUCGUGGCUGUCCCGGUAAAUAAGUUUUGUAUUGGAAAACAUGAAAAGGAGAUGAAAAUCACAUUAUUUUGUUGUUGGUGUUUGCAAAGUUACCGUUCUAUCGUCUAUGCCAUUCAAGAUUAGGUAGGAAAUCCCACAAUGUGUCUAAGUACUGUGUUCUAUUGUAUGUAAGGUAUUAGACUAGUUACUGUACUAUCUAGUACUCUUCGUUGUAUAAUCUGCGAGAAACUAUACAAAUGUAACUACGUAUUUCGGAGAAGCGUUGGAGGAU